AUGUGGUGCUCCCCGCGCGAGAGCGUCCAGACGAGCGAGCGCGCUCAUGGGGUCGGGAAGGGACGGGGGGACGACGAGUUCGCGGCGACGAGUAACGUCGAUUCCGGAUUCCUGUCGGCCGGCAGCAUGCAGGACAGCGGCGAGGUCCGCGACUGCGGGGCGCCGCGGCCGCAGCGAGAGGAGGACGACCGGCGGAUGAGGGACGAGAGCCGGCGGGCCGCGCCGGGGGCGACGACCUCGCGAGCGUCGCCGGUCGCGGGGUCGCAGCCAGCGCGGCUCGUCGACAGCGGCGUCGUGGACGUCGACCUCAGCGAGGGCCUGAACCAGCUCGCCCUGAGGCAGCGGCGACCCGGCCCGGCUUUGCCCGCCGCGGCACCGGGAAACGACCCUCCGCUCGAGCCGCACCGGCAGGACGGUGUCAACAAGCUCGCGAACACCUGGCGGCUCUACGAGCAGGACAAGGAGGGCGACACACAAUUGCACAUCGCGAUCAUGCAGAGCUACGUGGAGGCUGCGCUCGUUUUGAUAAGGCUGGCGCCUGAUCCAUUACUGUUGGACACCUGCAACGAUGUCCAUCAAUCGCCUUUAUAUCUGGCGGUGCUGAUGAGCCAGUCGCUCAUCGUCAGACGGCUGAUUCUGGCGGGCGCGGAUCCGUCUGUCAGGAAUAUCCGCGGGGACACGGCCCUCCAUCUGGCCUGCAACAGAGGAGAUCUCGCAUGCGCCAAGGCCCUCACGGACCCGCUGUCGCCGAUGGAGAGGAACCAGUUGAUGCCCGGACAGACGGUACCGGCCUUACCUCAGAACUUGGAGCAACGUAACUACAACGGUGAGAUGUGCCUGCACGUGGCCGUCGCUAACGGACACGUGAACCUGGUGCGUCUUCUGCUGCGUCUCGGCGCCGAUCUCGAGGCGAGGGAGGCGCUGAGCGGUAGAACGGCUCUUCACCUCGCGAUAGAGCGCAAAUGUCACACGGUAGUCAAAUUCCUGCUGCAGGAGUGCAAGCCCUGCCUGGAAACACAGACGUACGGCGGCCUGACGGCGUACCAGCUGGCAUUGAGCACCGACUGCCAGCUCGCCAAGGACCUGGUGGUGCGACACGGCGCAAAACCGGAGCCGCUGCCGGAGUCGGAUUCGGAGAGCAGUUCUGAGAACAGUUCCGAGGACGAGGCUUACGGAGAGGCGAGUUACUUGCCCGCGAUCGUCAAGAUGCAAAACGCGGUCGAGGUGAACGUCUGAGGUCUACCCGCCGAUCGGUAUCCGAUUAAUUCGUCCAACGGGUCCCUUGCACGAAGUGCCCUUACGGAAAAGUACAUACUGGGAAAAAAAGCACCGGAUAAUUACUAGAGUUCGAUAAACGAGUCGUUAGAAAUUACUGAGGCACAGUAAUUUUCUAGUAAUUAUUUCGCUUACGUUUUUGCAAGAGCGUUUCAGAUUACUGACCAUGAAUCUGAAUGAAAUAGAUAAUGGAACAAGAAUGAAAUAGGAAAAAUACCCUGUUUUCACUAAUAGAUAGAAUACGAUCAGAUUGCAUAGAUUACAUGCAAUUGCAGUGAAACUGCAUAUAAUCUAAUGUAAUCUGGUCAUAUUCUUUUUGAUAUUUUAAAAUACGGUAUGCUAUUUACGAUACGCGCAUACGCGCGAGGACGUGUUUCGAGCUGAAAACGAUCGCGAAGUUACUUUAGCAGCGAAUUAAUACGAAUGACUGCAGUGAAUAAAGUUGAGUUUAGAGUUGAAAAUGAUUAAAACUAUAUCGCGAUAAUGAUUUCAUACAUUAGACAUAACAAGUGCACAAAGUUAUAUUCUACUUUUUAAUGUAUCGAUGAAAUCACGUUAAUUAAUUAGAUGAGUUUCAAUGAUUGCUACUUAAAGAUAUAUAUACAUUAAUUUUGUUAAAUUGAAUAAUAAUCGCUAUUCGCGACUCACGCUAAUAAUAUAAUCGCGAUUUUGACGCCCUUACGACAACCUUCUAAUUCGUACACUGAGAAAAAUGUCCGAUUAAAUAUAAUCGGAUAAUCCAUUUACAUAAUAACAAACGGAU